UCGAAAAACGGCACAAGUUUCCAAACUGCGCGUGCGCCGAAGCUGCAAAGAAUUAGCUUGGUUUAGCUUGUCGCUAACAAAGAUGUGGGCGAAAAGUGGGAAAGGAGAAGAAUGCGAUUCCGAACAUCGUCGAGGCGCUGAAACAGAAGACCGGGAGGAGGAGGAGCAACCGGAGCGUCCACAUCUCCAAAGGGAAGGUGGGGCCGAGUCUCCUCUUAUCAAAGAGGAAGAGCUGGAGCGCCAAGUCAGCGAUUUUCCCUUGAACAUCAUUGUGAAGAGCGAAGACGAUGACGACGACGGCGUAGACGCACGAGCCGACGGCCUCUUGGCGCCGCUUUCCGACAGCGACGACGCCACGUCGCACUCUUCUGACAGGGAAGGCUCCAGAGAUUCUCGGUCUGAGGAAAAACCUUUCGCCUGCUCCCUUUGCGGGAAAGGAUUCUCUCGGAAGGGAAAUCUAAACACGCACGCGAGGACGCACACGGGAGAAAAACCCUUUGUUUGCUCCGUUUGCGGUAAAAGUUUCUGUCGAAAGUCGAGUUUGGCGAUGCACGCCAAGACGCACACGGGAGAAAAACCUUUCGUCUGCUCCGUUUGCGGUAAAAGAUUCAUUCAGAACAGCGACUUGACCAUACACGCCAGGACGCACACCGGAGAGAAACCCUUUGCCUGCUCGGUGUGCGGGAAACGAUACGCCCAGAACCACGGUUUAAGAAUACACACCAGGAUGCACACUGGCGAGAAACCGUUAGCCUGCUCCGUCUGCGGUAAACGGUUCCCCGAAAAGAAAAGGCUGCGCUUGCACCUGAGGAUGCACACUGGCGAGAGACCCUUUGCCUGCUCAAUUUGCGGCAAAAGCUUCUCCCGGAAGGUGGAUUUAAAAGUGCACACGAGAAAACACACGGGGGAGAAACCCUAUUCCUGCCCAUUUUGCGCCAAAGGCUUCGUGCGAAACGUGGAUCUGAAGAGGCACGCCAGGAAGCACACUGGAGAGAAACCCUUCCCUUGCACCGCGUGUGAGAAAAGUUUUGCCAGCAAGGACCAACUGAAGAAACACAAAUGUGCCGGCGCUCACCGUCCUACUCUGAGAAUGCUCGAUCCUCUGACCGCGGAGAGCCUGAACGGGCUUUCCGGGACAACAAACGAGGAGAACGAGCGACGCCAAGUUUGCAAAAUGCAGCAUCGAGCAGAAAUCAGUGAAGAAUCUCUGAACAAUCUACCCUACACUAAGGAAGAAGAGCCAGAGACAGUUCCCAUGAGAGAACUCCCCCACUUUAAAGAAGAGGAGGAGCCAGAACACCUCCACAUUAAAGAAGAAGAGCAGGAGGACCAAAUCGCCAACUUUCCAUUGACCGUCAUCGUGAAGAACGAAGAAGGCGACGUCGACCGCUCCGGAGGAUCCGAAUCGGACGGCCUCUUAGCGCCGCUCUCGGAUAGCGACGACGUCGCCUCGCCCUCGUCGGACACCGACGACCGCUCCGGACGCGACCCUGACGACAAGCGCGUCAGAUGUUCUCAAUGCGACAAAAGUUUUGUCAACAGGGGAUCGUUGAGGAGACACGCGCAAACUCACAGCGGAGAGAAAACAUUUGCCUGCCCGGUGUGUGACAAAAGAUUUUUGAGGAAGGAAAAUUUGAAAAGGCACGCCAGGACGCACACGAGAGAGCGACCGUUCGCCUGCUCCGUUUGCGGUCGCGGAUUCUCUUCGAAGGCGCAUUUGACGAACCAUUCCCGAUUACACAGCGGAGAGAAACCUUUCGUCUGCUCCGUUUGCGGCGAGGGCUUCCCUUUGAAGCAAUACUUAACGAGACACGCGAGGAAACACACGGGGGAAAAACCUUUCGUCUGCUCCAUUUGCGGUAAAGCUUAUUGCGAAAAGGUCAAUCUGACGAAUCACGUGAGAAAACACACCGGGGAAAAACCUUUUGUCUGCUCUGUCUGCGGCAACCGAUAUCUCGACAAGCGAUUUUUAACGUCGCACGCCAAAACGCACAGCGGAGAGAGACCUUUUGCCUGCGCGUCGUGCGGGAAGAGUUUCACGCAAAAGACACUUUUAAAAGUACACGCGCAAACGCACACCGGGGAAAAACCUUUUCCCUGCGCUGUUUGCGAGAAGAGAUUCUCUCGGAAGGAAGAUUUGAAAAGGCACACGAGAACGCACACCAGAGACGUCUCUUUUCCCUGCGCGGUUUGCGGCCGAAGCUUUACUCGCAAGGAACAUUUGCGGAGGCACGCUAGAAACCACGCGGUGCUGGACGUGCGUCCGAGCGCAGAAUGAAUGACAAAAAGUUAGUGAAUCGUAUUUUGGCGUUUUAGCCCUUGUGAGAUGCUUGUGAUCCACUUAGGAUUAUUAGCAUCGGGUCGCUCAUGUGCUUAUACGUGCGCAUUGUAUGCGCUUUUCAUACGACGGCGAUGCAUACGUGGUGUUUAUUUUGCAGGAUUGUAACACAUGCUGCGCUAAUGUAAGAGGGUUUGGAUGGACUGUGGGAUACAAACUGGGUAUUAUUAGCCGGUAGUUCCCUUUUACGGCCGCUGGAUGGCAGCACUCGUCCAAUCCUUUGUACGUGAAUUCAGUCAGACAAUGCUUGUUAUCGAAUGGGAGCUUCUGGCUGUAUUUCCCUACUGAUGUUCAGUUCAAAUCUGAUGUUUGCAUUUCAGCUGAUUCUUGUUUUGUUGUAUCGUUUUCAGACUCAACUAGUACCUUCUAUCGUGUGAAGUUAUACAUUCAUUUACAUCAAGGAGGGAUACAUGUCAAAUUAAACACAUUUCAAUUCUACAGUGGAGUCUUGUCACCUUUCUGCCUGUUCUCUGACCGGCACACCGUCCUGUUUAAUGUGCUGCUUCGGACCAAAAACUCCAGCGCCCUCUGCAGGACAUAAGGUGAAUAUUCUCUCGAUGUAACCAAUAGAAUAAAGU